AUAUCAUUCCUUCUGACCACGACGAAUUGUUCUUCGCAGUGGCUAGCUUGCCCUGAACAGCUGCGCUUCAUAUCCUGUGCGCCGAUAGGCGCCAUGGGAUCCCUCGAGACGGGGAACACCAGGGCUAGCAGCGAUGCUGUGACUUUAGUCAUCACAACUUCACCUACACCAAGUGCGCCGUCCACGGAACUGCUAUGCGCCAUUCUAGAGUCAUUCAGGACACAUUGCACCGAACUUCUGACAUGUCGGAUCAUUGUUGUUCUGGAUACCUUUGAGCGCAUUGGGCUCCAGCCCCGGCUGAAAAAGGGUCAGGUUACCAAGCAAGGCGCAAAGGACGUUGACGACUACAAGACCAACGUCAAGAACCUCAUAUUGGAGCAAUACUGGCCGCACGAGGAGAAACCACAAUUGAGCUCGAGCACCCAUGAAGCCGAGUUCGGAUACGAGGCAAACGAGGCCAACCACAUUUCCGUGGUAGCAACGCACACGCCAGACGGGCGCAUCACAUUCCUCGAGCCGACGAGAAGGCUUGGGUUCGGGCUCGCCGUGCGGUCAGCUCUGCGCCUGACAGAGACCCCGUACGUCUGGAUCCAGCAGCAUGACUGGUCACUUGUCACGGACGUUCCCCUGGGCGGCAUUCUGGAUGUCAUGAGGCGGCACGAAUGUCACGAAUCAAGCCCCGUCAAGUAUGUUUGCCUGCCGUCCGUGCGGAUGCUGGGCUAUGCCACGUCUGGCCAUGUCACAAAUUUUCCUACCCUGAAGAGCCUGACAGCGGAGCUGCGCAAAGAGUUUGCCGUUCCGUCCACGACGGCCGCGGGGAAGACAGAGACAAUUCCCUUGACGCCAAUGUUCUUUUGGCACGACAAGCCGCACAUCGCUUCCACGGAACAUUAUCUGUCGCGGGUCUUCCCCACGAGGCUGGCGAUACCUCGUGGCGCAUUCAUCGAGGACACGAUCGGCCAGCGUGGGCGCAACCAGAUGAAGGAGGGUCAGUGGACGCGCUGGGCUUGCUGGCUCUAUUAUCCGGAUGAUGGCCAAACUCUAUGUUUGCGGCAUCUGCAGGGGCGAACGUGGCGAGGCACAGAGGGCGACCUGGAGCAUGGCCAACACAUCCACCAACAGUCAGGCGCGCUCCUAACAACCCGAGUGGCAUGUGUGAUUUGA